CACAUAUAUAAGCACUUAUAUAUGCAUGUGCUCUUCAAUCACAAUCUAUCUUCUUUCUCUGCCCAUCACCUACCCCUACUCUCUCUCCUCGCCAGCCCACGGUGGCGCCACCACAAAUCACCACCACCAUCGCCGCCACCGCCGUCAACAUCUGACCAGCAAGAAAGAUGCCAAGAAUUCUACAAAAAAAAUUCUACCAUUGCCUCCCAAGUUUCAAAUGCCUUCCCACAAUUCUCUCACUCCCUUUUGAAGAAACAGAGGAAGAAAAAACAGAGCAAAAAAAAAUAAAAAAUUUCAACUCUGUUUUCGACAUUCCCAGCUCUGAUUCCACUACCACUUCUAAAUCACUCACUAAUUCCUCCACCACAACUACAGAAGAAGAAGAAGAUAACAACACUAAUUGUACUUUCACUUCUUUUGAAGAUUCCGAUUACACUAAUAUUCCAGAUUUCUCAAAUAUCUUCGCUUCUCAACGAUUCUUCUUCUCUUCACCCGGUAACUCCAAUUCCAUAAUCGAUUUUCCACCGGAAAAUCCCAAAGUUGUCACCGGCGGCGUUGCUGUACAAACGUAUUCACCCGACCCGUAUUCGGAUUUUCGGAGAUCAAUGCAGGAAAUGGUGGAAGCUCAUGAGUUAACGAAUGUGAAAGCAAAUUGGGGAUUUUUGCAUGAACUAUUGUUGUGUUACUUGAAUCUUAACCCGAAACAUACUCAUAAGUAUAUUAUUGGUGCUUAUUCGGAUCUUGUUGUUUCUCUUAUGUCUAUCGACGAUUCCCAAAAAAAGACGGAAGGUACAGCUAGGCCGUGUGAACAGACAAAUAUCGUACUGUAAAAGAAAAGUUCGAUGGAUUUGAUAUGUAUGUAUUUAUUAGACCAUGAUGAUUCUAUCGACUAAUUUCAUCGAAUUGUUCAGAAUAAUCAAAAGUCGUGGAUUUAUAUUUUCAAGAGAAAGAAGAACAAGAAAUGAUGGUAUGUUAAGCAUAACUAACAAUUUUAAUCUAUGAGAAUCGCCCCAACAAUGAUAUUGUAUCAAGAUUUAGAGUUCUGAGUUUAUAGAUUCUGAAUUUUGAUAAAUGCAGAGUUAUAAAUCUAUAUAUAUAUAUAAA